ACCCUGGUCAGCGGCUCGCUGCCCUUCGACGGGCAGAACCUCAAGGAGCUGCGGGAGCGGGUCCUGCGGGGGAAGUACCGGAUCCCCUUCUACAUGUCCACGGACUGCGAGAACCUGCUCAAGAAAUUCCUCAUCCUCAACCCCACCAAGAGGGGCACCCUGGAGCAAAUCAUGAAGGACCGGUGGAUGAACGUGGGCCACGAGGACGACGAGCUCAAGCCCUACAUGGAGCCCGUGCCCGACUACAAGGACCCCCGGAGGACAGAGCUGAUGGUGUCCAUGGGCUACACGAGGGAGGAGAUCCAGGAGUCCCUGGUGGGGCAGAAGUACAACGAGGUGAUGGCCACCUACCUGCUGCUGGACCACAAGAGCUCCGAGCUGGACGAGACGCUGUCCCUGAAGCCCCGGGUGGCCCCAGAGGUGGCCAACAGCUCGGGACCCUCCCCCGCGCACAAAGUGCAGCGCAGCGUGUCGGCCAACCCCAAACGGCGCGUCAGCGACCAGGCCGGCCUGUCCAUCCCCACCUCGGCCUCCUACUCCAAGAAGCCCCCGGGGGCCAACGCGGAGAACAAACGAGGGGGGGGCCCGGGGGGAGGAGGAGGAGGAGGAGGAGGAGGAGGAGUGGGGGGUCCUGAGGAGGAGGGCGGGGGGCGCCGGGCGGGCAGCACAGCCAAGGUGCCCCCGCCCCUGCCCGGCCUGGAGCGCCCAGGGCACCUCCCCUCCACGAACAGCGUCCUGUCCACGGGCACCACGAGGAGCAGGAACUCCCCCCUGCUGGACCGGGCCAGCCUGGGCCAGAGCUCCCUGCAGAACGGCAAGGACAGGGAGGUGCCCACCCCUGUCCCAGCCUUGUCCCCCUCUGCCCACAACGUGAGCCAGGGUGGUCCCGGGGAGCUGUGUGGGGCUUCCUCGGGGGUCUCGAGCCGCAGCACGUUCCACGCGGGGCAGCUGCGGCCGCUGCGGGACCCCCUGCCCCACGCGCUGCCCCCGGGCUGCCCCCCCGCCUCCCCCGGGCGCCAGCCAGGCCGGCGCGGCCCCUCCGCCAGCCUCUUCAGCAAGUUCACCUCCAAGUUCGUGCGCAGAAAUCUGUCUUUCAGGUUUGCCAGAAGGAACCCGCACGAGCCCGAGAGCAAGGACAGGGUGGAGACGCUGAGGCCGGCGGUGGGCCCCGAGAAGGACCCCCGUGACGGGGGCGGGCGCGACGCCAAGCCGCGCUCGCUGCGCUUCACGUGGAGCAUGAAGACCACGAGCUCGCUGGAGCCCGGGGAGAUGCUGCGCGAGAUCCGCAAGGUGCUGGACGCCAACAGCUGCCGCUGCGAGCCCCAGGAGCGCUUCGUGCUGCUCUGCGCCCACGGCAGCCCCGGCCACGACUCCUUCGUGCAGUGGGAGAUGGAGGUCUGCAAACUGCCCCGGCUCUCCCUCAACGGCGUCCGCUUCAAGCGCAUCGCCGGCACCUCCAUGGCCUUCAAGAACAUCGCCUCCAAGGUGGCCAACGAGCUCAAGCUCUGAGCCGCCCGCUGAGCCGGCCCCGCUCCGAGGCACGGACAUGGGGACCCCAGGAGUGUCCCUGAGCUCCGAGGCACGGACACGGGGACCCCGGGAGUGUCCCCUGGGCUUGGGGUCAUGGACAUGGGGACCCUGGGAGUGUCCUCGAGCUCCGAGGCACGGACACGGGGACCCUGGGAGUGUCCCUGAGCUCCAAGACACGGACACGGCGACCCCGGAGUGUCCCCCAAGCUUGGGGUCACUGACAUGGACACGGGGACCCCGGGAGUGUCCCCUGGGCUUGGGGUCACGGACAUGGGGACCCCGGGAGUGCCCCUGAGCUCCAAGGCACGGACACGGGGACCCCGGGAGUGUCCUCGAGCUCCAAGGCAUGGACACGGGGACCCCGGGAGUGCCCCCAGAGCUUGGGGUCACUGACAUGGACACGGGGACCCCGGGAGUGCCCCCCGAGCUCCAAGACAUGGACAUGGGGACCCUGGGAGUGUCCCUGAGUUCCAAGGCACGGACACGGGGACCCCAGGAGUGUCCCUGAGCUCCAAGGCACGGACACGGGGACCCCGGGAGUGUCCCUGAGCUCCAAGACACGGACACGGGGACCCCGGGAGUGCCCCCUGGGCUUGGGGUCACUGACACGGACACGGGGACCCCAGGAGUGUCCCCUGGGCUCGGGGUCACUGACACGGGGACCCCGGGAGUGCCCCCGAGCUCCAAGACGUGGACACGGACAUGGGGACCCCGGGAGUGCCCCCCAGGGCAGCCCCCCGAGCUCGGAGUCACCGACACGGACGUGGCGACCCAGGAGCGCCUCGGGGUGGCCAAGGAGCUCGAGCUUUGAGCCACGGACAGGGAGGGGACCCAGGACACCUCCAGGGUGGCCACCAAGCUCCAGGUCAUGGACACACGGACAGGGAGGGGACCCAGGACACCUCCAGGGUGGUCACCAAGCUCCAGGUCAUGGACACACGGACGGGGAGGGGACCCAGGAGUGCGUGGAGGGGGUGGCCCGGGAGCAGCUCCGAGGUGGCCACCGAGCUCUUGAGCCACGGGCACGGCCAGGAGGGUCCCCAGGGGGGACACGGGAGCACCGGGAUGGACCCUCUGUGGGGUCCAGGUCUUCAUGGGGACCUCCUGGAUGGCCCCAGGACCUCCAGGAUGGACCUGGGACCUCUGGGGAUCACCUGGAUGCCCCUGGGACAUCUGGGGACGUUCUGUGGGGUCCAGGGCCUUGGAGGACGUGGGGACAUCCUGGAUGGGCCUUUGGGACAAGAGUCUGGAUGGCUCUGGGACCUGUUUGGGGACACCCUGGUGGCCCAAGGACCUGUGGGGAUCUUCUUGGGGGGAGGUGACAAGGUCCUCCUGAGGGCAGGGGGACAUCCCGGGUGGCCCAGGGACCCGUGGGGACAUCCCGAGGGGUCCUGGGCCUCGAGAGGCCUUGGGGACAUCGGGGGUUGAUC